AGGCGGGCCGGGCGCCGGGGGGAGGGUUGGGGGGAUGGCGCGGACCUCGCGGCCGGCUCCGCCGUACCCCGGAGGCGGCAGAGCACAACUUUCCCCGCUUCUCCCCCCGGAGCCCGGCUCCUCCGGCCGCCGCCGCCGCUGCUGCUGUUGCUGCUCUUCCCGCUGCUCUUUUCCCGGUUCUGCGGGGCCUUAGCUGGACCAAUUAUUGUGGAACCAUAUGUCACAGCAGUGUGGGGGAAGAAUGUUUCAUUGAAGUGUAUAAUUGAAGUAAAUGAAACUAUAACACAGGUUUCCUGGGAGAAGAUUCAAGGCAAAAGUUCACAGACUGUGGCAGUUCAUCAUCCUCAAUAUGGAUUCUCUGUUCAGGAAGCCUAUCAGGGGAGAGUCUUAUUUAAAAACCAUUCACUUAAUGAUGCAACAAUUAUUCUCCGAAAUAUAGACUUCUCAGAUUCUGGAGAAUAUAUAUGUAAAGCAGUUACAUUCCCAUUAGGAAAUGCACAGUCAACUACAAGUGUAACUGUACUGGUUGAACCCACCGUGACCUUAAAAAAAGGACCGUACCCUUUAAUUGAUGGUGGAAAUGAAACAGUAGCAGCCAUUUGUACAGCAGCCACCGGAAAACCAGUUGCACAGAUUUCUUGGGAAGGUGAUCUUGGUGAAAUGGAAUCCACUGUAACGUCUUUUCCAAAUGAGACUGUGACAAUCGUAAGCCAAUAUAAACUUAUACCAACCAAAUUUGCCCGAGGAAGACGUAUUACUUGUGUUGUGAAGCAUCCUGCAUUAGAAAAGGAAAUUCGAUAUUCUUUUAUGCUGGAUAUACAGUAUGCUCCUGAAGUUUCAGUCACAGGAUAUGAUGGAAAUUGGUUUGUUGGAAGAAUGAAUGUUAAUCUCAAAUGUAAUGCAGAUGCAAAUCCACCACCUUCACAAUCUAAAUGGAGCAGAUUGGAUGGACAGUGGCCUGACGGUUUAGAGACUUCAGAGAAUACUCUGUAUUUUAUCAAUCCAUUAACUUACAAUUACUCCGGGGUUUAUAUCUGUAAAGUUACAAAUUCCCUUGGCCAACGAAGUGCCCAAAAAAUCAUCUACAUAUUAGAUGUUCCAUUUAAGCAGACCUCUUCCAUAGCAGUAGCUGGAGCAGUCAUUGGAGCUGUCCUUGCGCUUUUUAUCAUUACUAUCUUUGUUACUGUGUUGCUGACUCCUCGGAAAAAGAGGCCAUCCUAUCUUGACAAAGUGAUUGAUCUUCCACCCACACAUAAACCACCUCCUGUGUAUGAAGAAAGAUCCCUCCCUGUGCCUCAAAAUGAAAUCACUCAUCAGAAAGAACACUUUCCUUUGCAGAGUCAGUACAAAAAAAGAGAAAUAGGCAGCUUUCAGCAUACUACUGUAGUGAAUGGCAGACAGUUCGACUAUGAAGAUGAACAUCCGGAGGGGCAAGAUGGGCUUCAGCAGAUAUAUCCCCUUUGCCGUCAGAUAUGUUACAAAGACUGGAGCUGUGAGAAACAUCAGCAAAGCUCAGAUACUGGAAGGUCCUACGUCAACCCACAAGAACAUUACGUGUGAUUAUGGAUCAUGGCUAAAUGCUCAUCCUACUACUGGAAAAAGAAAACACAAGCAUGGAUGUCUUACUCUGACUCUCGCAGGGCUGUACCAAGUGCAUCUGGAGUUUGGAUGAAUGACUUACAGUUGAUUGGCCAGCUUCUGGCCUUGAAUAGAUUUUUCUCAACUACUGACUGAAUUUGAGUAUAGCUCUGUGUGUGUGUGUGUGUUUCAUUUAAAAAAACCUACUAACAUUUGGCCCGCAAUGGCAUUUUCAUUUAAAAUUCCAGUGUGUGCCUGUGAUAGCUGUUGUGAGUCUCCAGAAAUAGAGCCCCAGCUGGCUGUUCUAGCCUCACUGGGUUUCAGGCCUGCCAGCCCAUUCAUCUGUAAUUCAAACGUGCAGAAAAUGAGUUUAGAAUCCAUUCUACUAAUUAUUUCUCUGGGAUUUGUCUUUCUCCAACAUGCUUAAUAAAAUUACAAUACCUGUGUACAAAUAGAGACCCAAGGAAAGAGGCGUAAUUUGCUCUCUGUGGGGAAAACAAAACUACUGAUAGAGACAGAGAGUCAGAGAGAGACAGAGAGAGACAGAGAGAGCAGUUUUCCAAUUUAAAGCUAGUUGGAAGGCUUUAGCCCUUAUGAAGCUACUAUAUGUGUAUUUCUCUUCACUCAUAACUUUUUUUCCCUUUUCUUUUCUUUUCAUUUUUGUUUUGGAAGCAAUCCAGGAUCACACAGCUGGUAAAUGUCUGAGGUCAGAUUUGAACUUGGGUCCUCUCUACUCCACCGCCAGCUGUCCCUCAGCCAUAACUCUGAAAAAAAUUUCCCCAUAGAACAUGACCUAACUACUCAGUUGCUGCUUUUUACACACCUUUUUUUUUAAUCAAUAAUCAGGCAUGAUUCUCUUUUGUCACUGUGCCUCUGAAAUCUACAGAUUGUCUAAACCCUUCAGAUCUUUUCCAAAUAUUAGGCUCUUGGUACCUAUUUUAAACUCUCCUUGACUGCAACAUCCUUUUUUUUGUUUGCCAUGCUCACCACUUGCUACUGAAAUUUGAUCCAACAAAUGCACUUAUACCAUCCCCAGACGAUUGCCUUUUCCCCUAGGUUGUGCCCCUGGAUCUCUGUAUUUUAAUUCAUCCUUGCUUAUCUUCUCUGUAACACUAUUUCAGAACUGCAUACUGCAUUUCUGUGCUACAGAGACACCUUUGAAUUAGCACUUUGCUUUGAGAUCUAGUGGAGAGUUUAUAUCAUGUGUUCACACACCCCAAGCUAUAGCUUUUAAUUUUCCUCAGCCAGAGAGCUUUGAAAGUCUGCCAGUAGUUUACCUGGUCAGCCAGAGCAAGGAUCAUUGAAUUUUCUACAAAAAAUACUUGGACAUCACAAAGAAAAGUGAUGGCAUUGAUUUGACCUGUUUUUCAACCAGUGUAUUCUGUUACUUAUGUCAAAUGGUUUCCUCUUCAGUAUCUCUAAAUGAGAAGGAUGGAAGGUGGAAGUGGUGGUAAUGAUAAUGGGAAGAAGGAGGAUGGGAAUUGAGUAUGUAUGCAAAAAAUAUAUAUAAACAUUCAUUCACAAAAAUACAUGAAAGUUACUGAACAACAUUAUGAAAUGUUCCUCUUUAGGGGAUGUUUAAAACUGUGUUCUUAGUCUGAAUAGAACAUGUGGUUCUGUCUAAUGAGAAAAUGUUAGAUGAGGUUAGUCUUAUGGUCAUUCAUUAAUGCAACAUGAAUGAAAAGGAAAGCAAAGAAUUGUGGAAUUGCCAUUUGCAUGUUAGACCUCAGAAACUCUUAACCAUAUUUGUUUUUUAUUUCUCUCUGUUCUGCAUUAUUCUCUGACCAUCUAUAAAUUACAUCUCAGUG